AUGCGCGGAAUCACAGCCUUCAACCGAGUGCAAGAGGACCGCAGUCAAGCACAAACUCACCUGCGCUUAUGUGACCUGAUUUUUAAGAUUCAGAUUUCCAAGGGAGACCACUGUCAUGUUGAAAAUCCGGGUCCCUCCAGCAUUUGGCAUCAGAAGGAAUUCGAAAGAAUAUGCCGUUGCACAAAGCCAGCAUUUUUCGAUCAGUGUGCGUUCCAGCUGAAACAUCCGGAGACUGGGGAGCUCAUGAAAAAGAACACCCGUGUACAGACUUCUUCCGAAAAAGUUUGGAAAGCACUGGACAGCCGUUUUUGCAAUAGGAAUCACGAGCAUGCCCAGAUAGCCGGAUCGUGUCAUUUCAGGGGUCAGCGCAUCCCCCUGUCUCAAUUUGCCUCGUUUUAUCCCACGGCACUUGCCAAGAGCAUAGCCAAAGCCGUAAUGAGCCCGAUGCCAGACCCACUUGAUUUGCCGUCUGCCGCAUUCGUUCAUGAUGGGUUUCCAGCAGUUGAAGUUGAGGAACCACCCAAAAAGAAAAGCCGGUUUCAGGUCCCAAGAGGUUUGAAACGCGAACAUCAAGAAGAAGAACCACCUAGACUAGGAGAUGACACCUGGAAUGAAAUCAUGAACAGCCUGCGCCAGAGCCUGCCCAAGUCAGGCGUGAAACAAUGGGAUGGCCCGCACCAAGAGCUCAUCAAGAAAAUCCAAAGCUUGUGUCCCGAGCACCAAAUCCAAGGAGUCAUGGCAUGUAAGGGGAGAGAAAAAUUUAUGACUCACCCGGAUAAUCUGUCCCAUAGAAGAACCAUAGUGACUAGCCGGGGUAAACAUGAAGUUCAUGACUUAGGUUGGGAAGACCUCCGAGAAAUGUCCAAGAACCAGCGCAAUCGGAAAGCAUUCCCAUCUCAUGUCAUGGUUUGUGUGUUCGGUCGACCAAUCGAAGCUGGAGCCAGUAAUUCAGAGCCUGCCAGGUCUGCACCAGAACCUCCCCGAGAAACGGAGGACACAAUUGAUGUUCCAAUGGACCAACAGGAUUCCAUGGAAAAGCCGUGUGACAACGUAGAUGUCCCAGCCAGCACAUGGACAUCCGCAGCAGCAACCAUCUCCGGACCAAAAUUCCUUGCUUUAGAACCGACCAAGCAAAGGGCUAUCCAGAAGUUACAUAAUAACUUAAGCCAUCCAACUGCAGAAAGACUGGCCAAGCACUUGGCAGAGCAAGGAGCUUCAACUGAGAUGAUUGAUGCAGCCAAAGAAUAUCUUUGUGCCUCAUGCGCCGAACGCAGACCUCCGUCGCUGAAUCCACCAGGUGUCCUGAAAGAAGCACGUGACUUUAACCAGCGAAUUUCUUUGGACGGUUUCGAGUGGAAAGGUCAGACUGGUUUUCAAGGGUGUGUUAUACACAUUAUCGAUGAAGCCACUCAGUUUCAUUUAGGACACCGAUCAUGCCGCGACACUGCAAGCACAUGGAAAGUCUUUUCCGAAAGCUGGCAAGCAUGGGCCGGAACGCCACAGGAAAUCAUGAUGGACUGUGGAGGAGAACUGGUUUCUGAUGAAAUGAAAAACCUUUUGCAACAGAAAGGAAUCAAGCCAAUCUUAACAGCCGGACCAUGGCAAAGAGGUAGGGUAGAACGUCAUGGGGGGGUCGUCAAAGAAAUGCUGUCCCGUAUUGACAACAGUAGCCCUAUCAAAAAUGAUCGAGAGUUCGACCAAGCACUGUCCCAAAGCUUCCGAGCCAAGAAUGCAAUGUCAUGUAUCAGUGGAUACAGCCCCGAACAAGCCGUUUUGGGACGCGCCACAAAGUUGCCAGCCUCGAUUUUAGGUGACCAAGAUGACACAGCCCAUCUACAAGCCACUGGCGACAGCCCAGAAGCUGAUCGUUUCCGAGCAGCUUUGGAACUCCGAACGUUAGCCAGAAAAGCCUUUGUUGAAAGUGACAAUUCCCAAGCCAUCAGAAGAGCCCUUCUGAAACAAUCUAGAGGAGUUCCAAUAGAAUGGCAAUGCGGCCAGCCAUGCAUGUUUUGGGAUCGUCGCAAGUCACCAAAUAUGUUGGAGAAAGGUAAAUGGUGUGGUCCAGCACAAGUUGUUCUCACAGAAUCCAAGACCAUUGUUUGGGUGACACACAUGAACCGUUUGCUUAGAUGUGCACGUGACAACCUCCGACCAGUCAGUUUGAGAGAGCUUCAGCACCAUCCAACUUUCAGCCAACAAGUCGAGCUCGCGCGUAUCCAACAAAUGUCAAGCCAAUUGCAGGCACGACUCCAUGAUCGAAGUGGCAUGUUCCAGUUCUCAGACAUGGGUGAAGACCCCAUUGUAAAUCCCGAAGAAAUCAGCCGUAGAGAACACACAGCCUUACAACCCGAAGAAGAACCAACCCGAAGAGCUUCCAAUAUAGAAGUCCCUGAAAUGUCAUUGGAAACUCCAGUUGAAACACCAAUACCCAAUGACAAUUUUGAAAGCGACCAUGCCGGAUCUUCAUAUGAACCUUCACUUGCACCUUCAAACCCAGCGGAAGGGGGAGAAAACAUGGGAGAAAACUCACAUGUAUCAUUUGGGGAAGCAUCCUCUGUAGGGGAGAGCCAGGGGGAAAAUAGUGUAGCUCAUCAUGUAGCCACUACCGAUAACGUAGUCCACGAUGCCUGCAUAGUGGAAUCUGUUCCUGAUGGCCCUGUCUUACAAGGUGACGAAGAUACACUUUGGACAGAUGCCAUUGACCAAUCGCUGGACCAUUGCAGUUUUGAAUUCGAGAUGCCCUGGCAGCUGAUGGAAAAAGUAUCACAUCAGCCCAAAACCCACGCCGUGCUUUUGACAACUGCGGCCAAAAAGUCCCGAGCCGAAGUGAGGUAUUCCACGCUUAGCUCCGAAGAGAAGCAACUCUUCGACCGAGCUAAGGACAAAGAGCUCCGUUGCUGGCUUGAAACAAGCACCGUAAAAAGGAUCCUGAGGAAUCGCAUUCACCCUGAUAGAAUCAUGACCUCGAGGUGGAUCCUCACAUAUAAGUCAGACCCAACUUCACCAAGUGGGCAUAAACACAAAGCCCGCCUUGUUGUUAGGGGUUAUCAAGAUCCGGAAAUUGAUCAAGUAAACACCGACAGUCCAACACUUGGAAGAGAUGCCCGACAACUCCUUUUUCAAACAGUGUGUUCCUCAGGUUGGGAUAUCCAAAGCUUUGACAUCACGACCGCAUUCCUCAGGGGAAGAGCUGAUGGUAGAGAACUAGCCAUGGAACCAGUAAGUGAGUUACGGGACCUCCUGAAAAUGGGCAAAGAUGAAGUAUGUUUGCUGGAAGGAAAUGCGCACGGAAGGGUUGAUGCACCACUCCUCUUCUAUCGUGAACUUCGCAAGCAGCUGGAAAAAGUUCAGGACUUGCGUGCCCUGUGCGGCAGCCUCCAGUACGCUGCUGUGCACAGCCGUCCGGAUCUGGCAGCAAAGGUGUCGUUUUUACAGAAAAGCAUCCCUCAGGCCAAAGUUCAGCAUCUUUUAGAUGGUAACAAAGUUCUGUUGGAAGCGAAAGAGACGGCACCAACUGCUAUCCAGAUACGUCCGCUGUCUCUGGAAGAUACAACCUUUGCAAGUUUUGGUGACGCCAGUUUUGCAUCCGCUUCUCAGCUCCGAGCACAACAGGGGUUGUUUAUAGUUGCAUGCAGUAAAGCACUGAGUGAAAACAAAACGUCUGACAUCAGUCCUGUUGCAUGGAACUCCAAGCAAAUUGGCCGGGUAGUCAGGUCAACGCUGAGCGCUGAGGCGUAUGCAAUGAGUUCAUCCCUGGAUAAGCUGACAUGGAUCCGAUGUAUGUGGGCCUUCAUCCACAAUCCAAGCUUUAAAUGGCAGUACCCAGAAAAGUCCCUACAAGAUGAACCAAAGGCACUGUUGAUCACUGACUGCAAGUCCCUUUUUGAUUUAGUAUCCAAGUUGGCAACUCCUAACUGCCAAGAAUGGAGAACAACUGUGGAAGUCAUGCUGAUCAAACAACAGUCAGAGGGUCAUACACAAUGCCGAUGGAUUUCGACAGCCAUCAUGUUGGCAGACUGCCUUACGAAGCCGAUGGAUGCCAGCUUUUUACGAACUGUUUUGCAUUUGGGUCGUUUUCGUAUUUUCGAUGAAGAUCAGACACUCAAAAACAAUACCCAUAAGAAGAUGGCAUCAAGAUGGAUGACCAAGCAAGAUGAAGGCACAUCCAAAAAAGAAAAGACACCAGUGUACCAGCAUGGAGACCUCGCCGUUCGACCGGGCCAAUGGCUCAAGUUCCGCAAGUUUGCCACCGUCCUGACUGCGUUUGACUUUUACAUGGUCUUUUUGCUCCUCUUCGUCUUUGUGAUCUUGCUUGUCUCGGAGAGUGCGCUCCCCCUGAGGACUCUGACUGCUGACGGCGACUGCAACGCAUCGCCGGCAACAGCGGCGGAGAAGAGCGGCCGCCCGGAGGGCCUGGUUUUUGCAUCGAAAGGGAAUCCUUCUGCUUACACCAGCCAGGAGAAGACACAUCGCACGAGUUCUUGGAGGACAUCAUUCGAAGGAUAUUCAUUUCCUUCGCAGAAUUACAUCAACAAUGGCGUCAUCAGAUCGAGCACCGUGGAAGUGCAGAAUUUGCAGACAGCUGAGGAAGCAUACAGCCUUGUACUGCACCAACUGCCAGCAACCAUGGCAAAACGUGAUCGACCAGUCCUACGUGCAUGGCUCGAAGCAGACAUCGCAACAGGACCAAGGUCAGCAUUACAGUUCACCAUGGCAACAGCAGCAAGAUUGGCAAGCUCAUUGGAACUCUUCGAACUCCAGAGGACGUACGCCCUCGCCGAGACAGCGACAGAGACCAAGGAGCGCGAAGAAGACUCCGAAACAGGAAGCAUGCCUCCGCUACCGCCACCGCCGCCACAAAACAUGGCGAAGAUGCCGGCACCCAUGCCGGGACCUGCACCCAACAUGAGUGGGAACUUCGUAUCAUCAAUGCCCACGAUGCCUGCACCAGCGAUGCCGAAGAUGACCGUGACUUCGGUGCCAUCCAGCAAUGCUGCAGAUGCAGAAGUAAGAGGAUUGAUGUCCAUGAUGAGAGGACGACAAGCGGAAUUGCCGGAGGACAUGCAGCAGAAGGUUCAGAAGGUCCUCACCAAGUUCGGCCAGCAGACGUCGACAGACCUCCAUGCUGCGGUGACGGCGUUGGAUACGGCCAGGCAGAACUACGACGAUGCGGUUCUUGCACGCAGCCAACAUCAUGCAAUGUGGAAGAAGUUUCUAUCGGACGCGGUCCAACUAUGGAGGACAUAUGCCGCUCAAUUCAUGGAGCAGGAACAGAAACUGCAGGAGCAAGUGAUCACUCACAAAGAAUCACUGCUGACAGCCAAGAAGGACUUGGAGACCUGCAAGCAAGCCAAAUUGGGUUCUGGCGAUGUUCAACAGAUCAACUCGGACGACGAGACCGAGGAUCCAGAAACAGCAGCAGCACUACAAGCCUCUGUCAAGAUCACAGAGACGAUGGAAGGCUUGGCGACCUCCCUUCAAUCUCUACAUCAAGAAGCAGAAGCCAUGAUCGCAGAGGAGAACCAUGCUGCCAAAAGACAGCGCACCAUGCAACCCAAGGAGUACAACUUCAUCAAUGAGUUCGCCGCCAUUGAGAAUGCGCGUUCCCUUGCAUUCGAAUUGGGGACCUAUGAUGGAAUCUCCAGAGACACAAAAUCAGCUACACUCACACACAUGGCUCCUUCACCUCGUCGAAGCUUGGGUUUUGCUUCGGACGUUGAUGUUCUGAUGGGCCUGGCUGAUGAGUUAACCAUGUACAAGAUCACCGUUCCCGAUGUAUGUCUUGGCAAUGGUACAAUGCCUUGGAGUGCGGGUUUACUUCGAGGAGGAGAAUUUUCCAACAUCAGUUUUGACUUCAAUGCAGAUCAAUGGAAGUGUCCUGCUGAUCACAGCCUCAUUGACCACGCCAAUGGAGAGGAUACUGUUCCCCCAGUUGAGGCAGCCACCAUGUUCCCGAGCGUUGGCGCUGCUGACACCACUGAUGCCACCCCUGGACCAGGUCACCAUGGAACUCCUCGAGGAGACGUCCAGAUGCCGUCUUGGGGACAGAAUAUACUACAACUGCUGGAAGAGGAAGGAGAAGUGAGUGAUGAAGAAGAAGGUCCGGUCAUCAUGGUCAGUUCCUUCUACAUUGACCACGAGACGCACAGGUUUCAUGAUGAGCCUAGAAUCCUGCGCUUUGACCAGGAAUACCAAGAAUGGGAGGCUGAUGUGCGUUUCAUAUGGGAAGACAUGGUGGACAACCAAGCGUCAUUGGACAUUGUCAUUGUACGUCCUGAACCACCACACAUCCCAUUCCGAGGAACGGUAGCUACCGUCAUUGUGCACCAACAUUACAGAGCAGACAGGGCUGCGUGCCUCAUCACUGCAGUGCACAUCAUGGACCCAGUGACCACCUUCCGACAUUCUGCUCACUCGACUGAUCUCCUACUUCCUCCUGCACGAGUCCGACAUUUGGCGGGUGUGGAACAAAUCUGCCUUCAGCGUGAGCAACAAGGAAUCGAUCGCUGCACAGUCCACAUUGGUCAUCAACUACAACCUGAUGAUCAAGACAUCGCCACUUUUCAUGGACUGAGUGUACACAUCCGCAUCCCCUCUUCUCUUUCCAUUGAAGAGGCGGAACAAAAUCUCUGCCGUCGAGUACAACAACAACGACACCACAGACAAGGAGACAGCUGGGACCCUCCUGAAGUUCCAGAAGGACCGCCAGAAGCAGACCAUCCGCGACCUGAUCCUACGGGAGCAAAUGGACAACCUCAGGAUCCUGAAGACGCCAUUUCCUUCAUGGGAAGAAGACCACAUCGGCCUGCCCGACGGCAACCGAUUGAGGUAUCAUCUACGUCAAAUUCGCCUGAGACGGUGUCCUCAACUGAACGUGGAUUGGACUGGAGACAAACGGUCAUCUUCACCAUGGAUGGGUUGUCCACGUCAGCUCAACUUCCAUGGAGUGAUCCGGAUGCACUUUUUGGUCAAAUUGCAGCUGCUCUGAACUUCGGCAGAAGAAACAUCUUGCGAGUUGUCGCAGUACCACACAGACCUUUGGACUAUGAGCCAGUCCACCUACAUUGUAUGUUGCUCCAGCGGUCCACCGAGUUUCGACCAUCUCCAUAUGUUCGUCUCGUUUUGGUAGACAGAGAACUACAUGUAGAGCAGAAUGUACAGACUUCGCCCUUCCGCAGAUUCCCAACAUGGAUUUCCCACAUUCUCACAAGAGCUGGCCUCCUGAAUGAACUCGGCCUGAGAGAACUAUGUGAUGCCCAAGAUCAACCAUGCCAUGUUUGGAGAAACAAUGUACUCAUUGAGGAGCAAGCCACGGAGAACUUGUACAUGGCAGAUGGAGACUAUAUCAGGAUCUUUGUGGGCGAAUUGCCAAACUCUGAGACAUGCAUGUCAGAUCUUGACUUGGGACACAACGAGAGUGCGGAGGAAGCGCUGAUCACAAAUGAUACUGAGGAAGUCAACCUUUUCCAAAAAGCGAUGCGACACCUCAAGCAGGACUGUGCCAACCUGCUGUACAACCUGGAACCAGCCACAUGCAAAGUUGCACCUGACCACGUUACGACGGGCAGACCUAUUGGACUUCCAGGAUCAACACAACAAGACCAACGCCCUGCUGCACCGACACAGGAUUUCUAUCAAGGUGAUCUUCAACGACUGAGGAACUGGUUUGACAGAGAUGCACUCAUUGAAUGCAGUGAUGAAGGCGAAAUUGCCUACAUUGACACAUGGUACAUCCAUCACCAACGACAAACCAUUUGUCGCGGAGCACGACCCAUCAGACUUGGAGCCGAUCCCACCAGGUGGAGGACUGACAUUCUGGAACUAUGGCAAGAUAUCAUUGACCCCAACUUGGCCACGACCAUACAUUUGGUGCAACCGCCCCCGCCGUGUGCCAUGACAGAGUGUGUUCUUGCCCAUUUGAUUCUAGAACAAUCUACAAGACCUCAACAUGGUGUUGGACUUAUCACCAUCCACGUCCGCGACCGACAUGGAGAUUCCACGCGGCAUGGGGCCUACUCACUUCCCAACAUCAUGACAGAGCGCAAUGUGCUGCACCUGGCCGAGAUGUUCAUCUACUGCCAAGCCAGACUAUGUGCUGUCAGACUCGGAGCCCUGCCCUUUGGUCUCGCUGAUUGGGUAGAAAUACCCCGGGCCGCCAGCUUGGUCAUCCACAUCCGACCUCUCAUCUUGCCGCAGGAUGACGAUGACCAUAUGGAGCUCAUGCAACGCUCCCGUACCAGAUGGAGACGUGACUAUACGCAGUGGGAAGCUCAAAUCCGCCAGACGUGGCAGGAUAUGUUGAAUCCAGCAAUGCCAUCGAUCAUUCAGGUCGUGACUCCCACUCCCAUUAACACACAUCGCGAGACGGCAGCUCAUGUGCUCCUGGUACAGCGACCGCAUGAAGUCUUUGCCACCGUUCUGACGACAGUGGUCGAUCUCAGUCAUGCAAGACGUGCUGUUACAAUGCAACUUGCAAUCACCACCCAUGAACAUAUGUAUGUUCAGAACUUGCUGAUGGCAUUGGGACUGGCCGGACGAUGCCUUGCGACAGGGGCCGCGAUGACAUGCCAGACUUGGUAUGAUCGAUUCCUCAUCCAGCCGGGAACGGUCUUUCCUGCUCGCAAUGGACAAGGACUUCUGAUCCAAAUGCACAGGAGACCUACCUAUCAAGACAUGCGCGACGGCACCAACCUUCUUCAAACAAAAGUGCAAAUCAUCCAUCGUGAGCGCCAAACACAUGGGCAGGUAGCUCACACCCAUGGGCCACGAUCGGAGACACCAACUUGCACACCCUCCAUUUUGGAAGAGGACAUGGAACCUCCUUGCCCUGCCACAGGCAUUAUCUACAUCCACUGGCCACCGACCUACAGAUCUUCCACCCAAAUCCCGCACUUUGUGGAGGUUGAAGUUCCAGGCACACCUGAACAAGUUCGUCAAGAACUUCACAGCAUGGGAUAUGAAGGUGAAGCUUUCUCAUGUGGCCAGCAUGACGCCGUGUACUUUCAUCCUUGUAUCUUUCAUCAUGAAGUGAUGCACAUCUAUUGUAACCAGGACACGACCACUAAGAAUGGCAUUCAUGUGCAACGUGGAAUUCCUGCGGAAGAUGACAUCACUCACAUGAAGAUACUAUAUCGGAAGGGUUUUCACAAAGCAGUGAUUACGCACCGGGAACACGUCAAUGACUAUGUCACGAUUUUGCAUUUCUGCAACGUGGAGCCCAAGCAUGAAGAGGACCACAAACCACUGAGGUUGCCCACACCCUGGCCCUCACCACAGCCACUGCAAAUCAACAUGACCAAACCUUUCUUUGAUAAAGGUUUUGAUCGCUCACGACCAGCGCAUGUCAUUGAGGUAGACUGUCAGGAGCUUCAAGCCUUUUUCAAUGCGCCACCUCUGCAGUUGAUUACAGACAUCACUCCAUAUGAGGUGCCAGACUUUAUACAAGAGGCCAUCGCGCAAUGUCGACCGCUCUCUCGACAUGACAGAUUGAUCAUUUAUGCGGAUGGAUCCUCUCAGAGCAAGAAAAGACAUUGCUCGCCUCUAUGGACUGACCUGCAUGAAGUGAGCGACUCUUGGUGCUUUGCCGUUUUUGCGGAACAGUACCCUGACCAAGAUGACAAUUCUGGACGAAACCUGGAGUUCAUUGGCCUGACUUGUCAACAGAUCCUAUAUGAACCAGAUCGUCCUCAUCAUGUGGGUACAGAUCACAUCGGCUCCGAUGCAGCAGAAACCGAGGCGCUGUUGUGGAGCGCUCUUUGGCGGCUUGCACAGAACCACAGGCUCCCGACUAUCUUUGUGACUGACUCUCUUCUGGUGGGUGGACAAGCCUCUGGGACUCUUGGAACCAGUUCACCGAGUACUCCCUUUUGUCAUCUUCGAGCUGCUUUUCAGGCGCUAGAAGCAAUCUUACCUGGAGAUCAUCUGCGAGUUUCACAUACACGCAGUCAUGCAGGGGAGCCCUACAAUGAGUUGGUAGAUCAUUUUGCCAAGCUUGAAGGACGAGACAGUCAGUACCUUCCACGGCAGCAGAUCAACAUGCCCACCUUUGGGCGCAUCUUGCGUGUACUUUGGAUGAUCCUGGCACAGGACGGAGAUUUGCCCAGAUCUUGUGACGGAGGGCUUGCGAUUCCGCCGCCACAGCUCCCAGAGGAUGCAUCUCACACCGUCCCAACUCCAGAGCAACACACAGUGCACACAGAUGUGGUUUUGAGUUUUGCAACGGCAAAUGUCCGCACCUUCUACAAGGGUGCUGAUGGCACACCUGGCAAGCUGCAUUAUGUGCGAGAACAAUUCAAACACCUCCACCUCCAUUUUCUUGGAUUGCAAGAGACUCGCACAACAACCUGCUCGACGACCACAGCAUCAGUUCUUCGACUGGCCAGUGGCGACCAUCAUGGACACCAAGGAGUGGAACUGUGGGUGAACCUCAAUCAGCCAUAUGGUUGGCAAAGUGGUCGACCCCUUUACUUCACCAAGAAAGACAUUGUGGUCACCUUCGCCAGCCCAAGAUGUAUGCUUGCACGUGUUCGCAAGCUACACUUGGACUUCAUGAUUGCUGUCAUCUAUGCUCCGCAAAGCGGUAUUCCACAUUCAGAACGUGCUGAUUGGUGGAAUGACACAAUGAUCAGCAUUCAGGACGCUGUUCAAGACAAAGAUUUAGUCCUCCUCAUCGAUGCAAAUGCGGCGUCUGGGGAACAGGAUGCUCGACAUGUCUUCCAGCAAGAUGACAAGCAUACCAGUGGCACAGGAUUCCUACGGGAACUACUGGAGACGCAUUGCCUUUGUCUCCCAGCUACCAGUGAUCGCCACCAAGGGGACCAACAAACAUGGCUAUGUCCGGCAACCCAACAAGGACAUCGCAUCGAUUAUGUGGCCAUCCCUAUUUCAUGGUUUUCUUCGUGUACCACUUCCAGAACGAUUCCGGAACUGGAUUUGGGCAACAUUGGGGAUCAUACCGCUGUCGGACUGGAAGUGCAGUGGUUUCAAUUCUCCUCGCAUAGCACAUCAAAUGGACACAACGCCAGAAGCUAUGACCGCACUGCCAUUGCUCACAGCACACUGGGACAACAACUCUGCGGCUAUGUGCCUUUGGAUUGGGAUGCGGACAUUGCAACACAGGUUGAUCAUUGCAAUCAACAUCUUGUCCAGACAUUACAAAGCCAUUGCCCCAAACGCAAAACUGGCCCCAAAAAGCCCUUCAUCACAGAGGAGAUGUGGGCGCUUCGGGCUCAGAAACUUCAAGCAGGUCGUCGUCUUCGUCAACUUCGUCGCAUGCAGGCCAGAGAAUCGCUUGCGAGAGCAUUUGCCUGUUGGAACCAACCGGAGAUUGAUGUCCCUGGAGAGACCUUUGCUAUCUCCUUACAAUGUGCACUUCUCAAACAUGGAGUUCAAUUUCAGCGUUCCAACUUUGCCCUUAGAAGAAAGCUGCGUGAAGCACGAGGACAAGCCCUUCGAGAUGCAGUCUCGACCUUGCCACCGGAGUGCCACGCCAGUGCUAUCCUUCAAGCCCUCAAGCCAUUGAUUGGACCCACAAACAUGCGACACCGGCGAGAGAUGCCAUUACCCAUGGUCAACGAUGAGGAUGGUCGUCCAUGUCGUACCCCACAGGAAUUGACCGAUCGAUGGGCCAACUUUUUCGGAGCCAUGGAAGGGGGAACCAGGAUGGAUGAGAGGCAGCUGAGAAACCUCUGGAAGCAGAAUCUACAGGAGUGCAUUCCUGAUGGGCUCCGCCUCCAGCCAGAGGAUAUUCCAACGCUGACAGAUCUUGAACGAGCUUUUCGACGAGUUCGACCAGGUAAAGCUAUUGGUGCUGAUGACAUCCCACCAGAGCUAUGUCACUGCCAACCUGUGACCAUGGCGAGACUCACAUAUACGCAGAUGCUGAAACUCCUGGCGCAUGGCCAAGAAGCGCUACUCCACAAAGGAGGCCUCCUUGUGUCAGCGUGGAAGCGCAAAGGAGCACAACAAGAAUGCAGCUCAUAUCGUUCUUUGUUGAUCAGCUCACACGUGGGGAAGACUCUACAUCGAGUGAUUCGCGAGCAACAAUCCAGUUUGUAUGAAUGCUUCUUACAGAGAAGUCAGAUUGGAGGUCGAAAGCGAGUGCCUGUAGGACUUGGUGUCCAUCACGUCAGAGCGACGUUGAGACGGGCAAAACAGCAACGUGCAUCGUCAGGACUCAUUUUCCUGGACUUGCAGGAAGCCUUUUAUCGCGUCAUCCGCCCUCUGGCGGUAGGUGGUACCCUUCCAGACGCGGUUUUGGGACAAAUUGCUGCUCGCUUGAACCUUGACGAUCAAAUUCUUCACGACCUUCAUGACCUCUUGCAGAGUCCAUCUGCUACGGAACUUGCUGGUCUACCCCAACAUCUUCAAGUUGCUCUUCGGGCCUUGCAUACUGAUACGCACUUUUGGGUUGCUGGCCAGACAGACUAUGUGCGCACGGCAGUUGGCACUCGACCCGGCGACCCAUUCGCCGAUGUGGUGUUUGGGUACAUGUUUUCUCGAAUCCUCAAAUCGGUUGAGGCUCAAAUGACACACGCCGACCUGAUUGAACAUUUCGAGGAUGCCGAGACCAAUGGCCUUUUUCCAAGUGCCAGGACACCGACAAGGCCUAUGCCCUUUUUAGGGCCAACUUGGAUGGAUGACUUGUGCGUCACAGUUUCCGCUCCAACAGCCCAGGCUAUUGAGACCAAGACUGGUGUUGCAUGUGGAAUUCUUCUGGAUGCUUGUCAACGCCAUGGGGUCACACCGAACCUUCAACGAGGGAAAAGUGAGAUCUUAUUUGCCUUCAGAGGCAAAGGCUCCAGACCACUCCGCAACAAAUACUUUGGUCCAUCCACUGCCGGCAAGAUGACUAUUCUGACUGAAGGAGGCAGCAGAGAGAUUGUCGUUGUCGGGCACUAUCAACAUCUAGGUGGACUCAUUCAUCAUAGUGGAGAGACGCGCUACGAGAUGAGAAGGAAAGUUGCCCAAGGUCACCAGACCUUCGCGCAACAUCGGAAGACUCUCUUCCAAAAUGGUCACCUUCCAUUGCGGAAGCGCAGCGAGUUAUUUCAGACGUUGGUGGCCAGCAAGGUUACGUAUGGGACCGAGUCAUGGACGCUCAUGGACAAGGUCAACAAGCAGUAUUUUCACAGUGCCUAUAUGCGCCUUUAUCGCCGCCUGAUGAACCUGCCUCAUGACAAGCCCAUGUCCGACGAGGAAGUCUCAGUCAUUCUUGGCCUGCCACAACCGACCACAGUGCUACGAGUAGCCAGACUUCGCUAUCUUGCUCUCCUCUACAAGUGCGAACAUGUCACACCAUGGGCUGUACUGCGAGCCGACUCGCAAUGGAUGGCUUUGCUUUGUGAUGACCUACAGUGGCUUUGGGACCUUGUUUGCUCGACCACGACGCUCCCGGCGCCACGUGAUCAUUUUGGUCCAUGGGAAAACGUGCUCCGCUACCAUCGAACCUAUUGGAAACGACUUCUUCAACGAGCAGUGCAGCUUGAACUUUUGCAUUCAGAAGAUCGUUUAUUGCUUCUACGCUUGCACCGAGAUGCUUUUGGAUUCUUGGCAGACAAGGGACCGCUGGCCUAUCGACUGCAGCUCUACCAACCAGCCCCUACGCAAGACCAUCAGAUCUUUGGAUGCAUGCUCUGUAGCAAGAGAUUCAAGAGUCAUGGAGGAGAAGGUGCACAUCUCUGUCGAGCACAUGGCAUCGUGGCACCAGUCCGACGCCUUAUGAUGGAACGACAUGUCCAUCAUGCUUGCGGGAGUACCACACCUUUGCUAAACUUCAACAACAUUUGCGAUGCACUGCGCAAUGUCGACAUCUUCUUCAAGGACAACGUCAACAUGCGGUACCUGCGCCAGGCAAGGGUUCUCUUGCCAAUGAGCGACUCCAUAGAGCGCACGAUGGACUUGUGCCCACUUUGCAAGCACAAGGACCAACCAGAACGAGACCUCUUUUGCGAACUUUAUGGGCGCAUCCAGACCCACCCUGUGAGUUGGACGAUGACCAAACGGACAUUACACUACAUUGCAGAGUCCCUCACGCUCGAAGAUGCAAACUUGGCCCACCUUGGCCUUAUGGAGUGGAGACAGCUGCUCUAUCGCCUUGCGGACUUCCGUCAGUGGAGUUUCCUUGCAGAGGAUCUCUGCGAACGGUCAACGGACCAAGAUCUUGCGCUACCGCAUUAUGAAGACUGGUGCAGAGAACUACAAGCUCAUGAUCCCCCACGCUUCGUCGAGCCGACGGUUCCUCGCGUCCAUUUUCAAGAACGUGUGGUGGUGCAUGCCUACUCAGGCCGCAGGCGCUACGGGGACUUCCAGUGGUACCUCGACGCCACCGCGGAGAGAACUGGCAUUGAGAUGCUCUUUGUGGUAUCACUUGACUUGGUGAUUGACCAGCAAUGGGGUGAUAUCGGCAGACCUGAGUCGUACCAAUUUUGGACGAAUGCCAUUCGCAGUGGCUACGUCCUUGGGAUGCUUGGAGGUCCCCCCUGUUGCACGUGGUCCGCAUCGAGGGGCAAAGUGGACAUGACCAUGCAACGACAGGGCAAGACUGGGCCCCGACCCAUUCGAUCUGCGGAGGAUCUAUGGGGAUUCUGGUCACUCUCACUCAGAGAGAAGCGCCAGAUCAUGGAUGGUCACAAGCUCUUGGCGUUCAGCAUUAUCUGCAUGAUCCUCCUUGACGAGGUUGACGGCAGUGGCAUUUUGGAGCAUCCUGCUGAACCUUCCGACCCAGGUAGCCCAAGCAUAUGGAAGCUUCCUCUCAUCCAGCUUCUCCUGACUCUGCCGGGCUUCGAGAAGGUAACAUUUGCUCAGGGACUCCUUGGUGCUGACAGUGCCAAAAGCACGACGCUGUUGACACUCAACCUGCCGUCCUUGCCUCUUCAUCUUCAAGCGAAUGCAAUCAGUGCAGAGCUUCCCAAAGGUCGAUCAAUUGGACUUGACCAAGAGGGUCAUUUCCGUACCGCGGUACUCAAGGAGUAUCCGCCGGCGCUGUGCAGUGCAUUUGCUGCCAGUUUUGCCACGUUUUUAGCAUCAAUGCCGAUGCCAAGCAGCCAGCAUCACAUUCCCGCAGAUGUAAAGGAUACAAUCUUGGCCAUGGUUUGCACAGAAUUCACAGAAACCAUUGGACCAGACUGUGUGAAGUGA